ACACAUGUGUAUACAUGCACGUAAUAGCGUGUCACAGUUUAACGUUCUGUUGUUCAGACAUUUAAAUGUGUACACACUGCCUACGGUAUUGAUCCGUUCGAAAAUCUAGUGGCACUGAUAAUGUAUGCGGUCGUACCUAGAACUCGUUACGAGAUUCUCUGAAAGAAACACAACCAGGAAGUGUUAUACACGCCGUCGUCAACAUGCCGACAACAAGAAAAAAGAUCAACUGAAAUCUGGUUUUGAGAACCUUGAAAACCUUAUACAUCGAGACUUCAAGGUGCCUCCAUGGAAGUUGCCUCUACAUAGAAAAAGAUACGCCAGUGGUAAAGAGUUUAUCUUAUCUGCGGUUGAGGUAUGUACUCCACCUAACCAAGAAGGAGUUCAGAAAAAGCAGGUUGAAAAUAGGACAGGAGCAUCAUCAGCGCAACCGCCGUUGACAGCAGAUAAAAAGAAGAAAGACACACCAAAACAGGGCACCAAGGUAACACAUGAAAUCCGCCAUGAGUCUCGUCCGUAUUCUGCCUGUGGCUCGCAUCAAGACAAUCACGAAACAAAAUUGCAUCACUUACAACAGGAAAAUGAAAAGAUAGAAAAGCAACUGAAAGACGCACAAGCGAAGUUACGUAAGGCAGAGAGCGACAAGGAAUAUUUGGUUGAAAGAGAACAGAAUCACCCCUUAAAAAAACGAUAUGAAGAGAUGGAAAAACAAUUGAAAGACACACAGGAGAGGUUAAGUCAGUCACAGACGGACAAGGAAUAUUGGAUGGACAGAAUGAGUAAAUUGACCGGAGACAAGCUAACCCGAGAUAACCCGGAUAUAGCUGACCUGAGUGACCCCAAACGACCCCACAAACUGGGAGAGAAAUACAGUCAGCUGUACGAUGAUGAAUGGACGGAUGCCAUGGAGAAACUAACUGAAACUAAGGAAACAGAAAUAAGUGAACGCAGAGGAAUAGAUAUACUGAUUGACAUUCUUCGGAAAAGUCACGAAUCGUGUAUUAAACUUGCCGAUGAUCAAAUGAAAAAGUUACAAAAAGCAGUUAUACCUGAAUCGAAAAUGGAGCAAAAUGGUGUUAUGAAUUGCCCCAUAGAAGUCCAAAGAAGUCUGAAAGAUGCACAAAAGCAGGCGUCUUCACGCUCACUUCCAGCGGUUCAAGAGUUUGUGCGUGCGGAACUAGCAUCACUCAAGGAACAAUACGGAGCACUUCCAGUGGAUAAGCUUACGUCAUUCGUUGAUAAAUGCACAGAAAUAUGCUGGGGUAUGGUUAUGCAGAGUCCGCGUAUGGAAUUCCUGUUUCCAGACGAAGGCCAAGGGAAGAGAUUCGAUAAAGACAAGUUCAAAGAAUUUACUCGAUCUGGUGAUAUACUGGACUUCCUUGUCUGGCCUGCAAUGGUCAUCCAGAAACAGGGGUCUCUUCUGGUAAAGGGUUCCGUUCAACCCAUGGCCAGAAAGACAUAACUUUACAUCCUCAGUUACAAAGUGACUUUAAAUAAUAUACAUUAAUAAACAUUUUGAUUGGUUGUUUAUGACAUGUGCCAAUCUUUGAACUUUGAUUCACAUUAUUGAAUAUUCAUUGAAUCGAAAUUGAAACUAGACAUAACUGUUAACAUGAAACUGUUAUUAAAAAAAUACUGAUAUCGAAGAUAAAUGAAAAUGACGCAUCUAACAUUUUAAUUGAAUAAUGAAAUGAUAUGUCAACAUGUGAAAUAUACCCCCCUUAUCUUCGAUGCGUAGACGCAGUGGAUAAGCGUAAUAUAUUCCGCUAUUCUUUCUCAGACAUUCGUCUAGUGAAAAAACAUCAUUAUUCAUGCUAAUUUGAUAGAUAUGAUAAUGAGCUUAUCUUCCUUACUGCUUUGAAUAAAUACUGCUUAUUAAUAACUAUCUAGUGGUGGCAAGUCAUGCAUAUACGUUUGUUUUGUUGUUUUUGAUGCAUUUUGUUGUUUCGAUGCAGUAUAAAUGAUUAAUUUAUGAAAUACUUUUAACAUUGUACAUAACCUUUAAUAUUACACAAUUUGGUUGUUCUUGUAUUAACUUGUUGUUGUUGCAAUGUGGUUCAGAACGUUACGUCUUGUUACAAUUAAAACAUGUUUCUGUUAUUAUAUCUUAAAAAAUAAACCCAUGUAUACAUUAAAGUUUACUUUGAAUCACGUCUAAUACGUACAUUGUUUGUUUAUAUGUAACAUUUUGAUAUUUUUAGAUUAUCACACUGUGUUUACAAGAUUUGUCGUGAGAACAAUUUUCUCAUCGUGAGCACGUGGAUAAAAUCGAGGGGCCCUCCCAUUUGGACUCAAGACAUUAUCCACGUACACAAUAUGAGAAACUUGUUCGAAAGACAAACUGAAAACAUGUGAUAAACUGUUUAUCAUCUUUAUACCACCGCCUUAUAUAUUUCUCCGUUCCUCAACAGAAGAGAGCAUCGGUGACGAAUGUAAACAAAUAGGAACUUUGGGAAUACCACGUAUCUUAAAAAUGGGUAGAAAGAUAUUUUCAAAUUAAUAUUAUCGUCAUUGGCUUCUAUUAUCCACAUUUAAACUUGACAUUGUGCUGUUAUCCUCAUUUUUUUUUCUCCUAAUUUUAUGAUAAUUUGUUUCUGAUGGACUAUUUUCUUACGCGUUAUAGCUUUAUGUUGAUACUAUUCACUGCUCAGUACAUCAGCUGGCGCAAUCAAUCGUUUUACUUUUUUUAAGAGAAAACAAACUUCAAAAUUAGGGGGAAAAAAUGAAGUUGUUCGCAAGUCAUUCUCAAUUUCUACUCAAGUAUUCUCAAACUGACCACCCAUUAUAAUGAAUCUAUCAUAGGUUCGGCAGGUGGUAUAAUGUGGUACAUUGAUGAUAAUUCAUAUUUUCAAACUUAUAAAGCUUCUUGAAGAUAAUUGAUAGUCUUUGUUUUUUUUUAUCUUUUCACUGAAGGAUUAUACAUUGAUAUUUUUUCAUUUUGACAUGACUCUCGAUAUCGUGCAUAUAUUAUCACAGCGUUUUCCACAUUUCCCAACCUGCAAACUCGAAGAUAUAUAAAAUCUGAACCCGACUGUAAAAUGUAGCUAAUAUAAUAUUGUUUAAGUAUCCAAUGAGCAUUGAUAUAACCGACGUUCCUCUUAACAUCACAGUGAUUAAUUAUAUAUACCUGUAACAGGGCGAUCAUAGCAUGUGACCGUACAUACAUAGAAUAAUUCUACAUAUUAAACUUA